AUGCAUAUUCUUCCUGUUUUGUGUUCUCUUCUUGUGUCAGCACUCGCUGAAGACGUACCGCCUCAAUUUGACGAUGGGCAACUCACUGGUAAUGGCUUUGGUAUACCAGGUAUCAAUGCCACCUACGACUAUGUCAUCGUUGGUGGUGGGACCGCAGGCGCCCUCGCAGCAGCGCGUCUCACUGAGCACAGUAACGCGACUGUUGCUUUGGUUGAAGCAGGAGGGUUCUAUGAACUGAGCAACGGUAACGUCAGCCAGCUGCCAUUUAGGAUCAACGAUUGGAAGGGUUCGGGGGGCGCGUCUAGCUGGCAGCCACUUAUCGAUUGGGGUUACUUCACUCAGCCUCAAAACAACGGGAAGAAGAUUCAUUAUGCGCAAGGUAGAACAUUUGGUGGCAGCAGUGCCAGAAACCUCAUGAUGUUCAACCGCCCUACCAAGGGGGCAUAUAAGCACUGGGCUGAGAAAGUCGGCGACGAUGCCUACACGUGGGAUAAUAUGCUCAAGUUCAAUACAAGAACUAUGAAGUUCUCCGAUAACAGUCAGCAUCGUCCCCAGAACGCCACGGGCCUUUAUGACACUGCCGCUUUCUCAGAUAAAGGAGGUCCUCUACACCUCACAUUUCCAGGAUACGUCUUCCCAGUUUCCUGGGACGCUAUCAAAGCCUUUGAAGCCUUGGGAUUCAAAGAGAUUCCAAGCUUCACUGCUGGUGUCUUGCAAGGUUGGGGCUGGUGGCAGUUCUCCAUCAACCCAGAAACCGGCCUUCGUGAUUCUUCAGAGAGUUCAUUUUUGCAACAGAGCCUUGGUCUGCCUGGUUUGACAACAUACAUCAACACCAUGACCCGCAAGAUUCUCUUCUCUGGCAAAAAGGCCGUUGGUGUCACCGUUGAUAAUUAUGGUCGUCAAUCUUUCAAUUUGACAGCCCGAAAGGAAGUCAUCGUUGCUGCCGGCCUCUGGAGCAGCCCUCAAUUACUCAUGGUUUCUGGCAUUGGGCCUGAGGAGACGCUCAAAAAGUUUGACAUCCCAGUCCUAUCAAAUCUACCGGGAGUCGGCCAAGGCACACAUGAUUCAGCUGCUGUUCAUGGGCCUAUCUGGGAGAUUGAAGGCAUCUCAACGGGUGGCUGGAAAGAGCCCUCCAAGAUGAAAGAAGCCAUUACUGAGUUUAACCAACACAAGAAGGGUCCUUUGACUAACGGUGGCGUUGAUGUCGGGGCAUUCGAGAAGAUCCCUGUGGCGAAUCUUAGUAAGAAGGCCCAAGAGGAUCUCGCUCAGUACCCUGAUGACUGGCCUGAGGUGGAGUUCAUCAUGCAGAUGGUUGAUCCUCCAGCUGGAACGACUGGCAAGAACUACGCCGCCAUGACUAUAAGAAUGGUUGGGACAGUCAGUCGUGGCAACAUGACUAUUUCGUCUGCUAGUAACCUCGACCCUCCUGUCAUUGAUCCAAACUGGCUACGCGCAGACACAGACAAAGAGGUUGCUCUGUAUGCCCUCCGAAGAGCCCGCCAGCUUUGGGAGCAUAUUCCUUCUAAGAUCGGCAAGGAGAUAUACCCUGGUGCCAAUAUAACCAGUGACGAGCACUUGCUGGAUCUAACAUACGACAACCUCGAUCCUACGCAUCAUGGUACUGCUUCUUGCAGCAUGGGCAAAGCGGGUGACCCAUCAGCAGUGGUUGACUCCAAAGGUCGCGUUUUUGGCGUUAAGAAUUUGCGUAUUAUCGAUUCUUCUACAAUGCCACUGACACCGCCUGGACAUACGAUGGGUCCUACAUAUGGUAAUGCUGAGAAAUUGGUACAAGAUAUCCUGAAUGCCUACCUUGGUUUAGAGUAA